UCACACUGAUACUCAGCUGUCUGCUUUUCUCUACAGUGAAGAUGCAGAUCAGAGUUUCAGAUAUUUUUUGUUUCUCAUCCUGGAUUGUUGUUAUCCUCUAGCGCUGGCACUAAAGUGUAAUCUGUGUAUACCCAGUCCAUCAGGAAGUUGUGAAAACAUAGUGACAGAUUGUCCAGGGCAGUGCGGCACCCUGACGGUCUUCAGGAGCGUGGGUGGAGAGCUUUGGAACAUGACCUCAAACCUUUGUGUGAUUGAUAUGCAGUGCACCAGCGAGAGUGUAAACUUGAAGAAUCUGUUAAUAGCCAUGAACAUGAAGUGCUGCAGUACUGAUCUCUGCAACAACGACACAACACCAGUUCUAUUGAAUCAGACUGCUAAUGGACAGAAGUGUUACACCUGCGUUGGACAGAACUGUAACGCGGAGUGUCAGGGACGCCACUGCAACAAAACAUCAGAAAUUGUGGAAUGUGUUGGCAAUGAAGAUCGCUGCAUCGAUAUAACAGGAGGCACAAUAGGAGUAGCAAUAUAUAUGGCAGGAUGUGCAAGCAAACGCGUUUGUGACUCAUCUGCAUUCAAGACAACAAUGUUAUUAGAUACACAAGUGAAGUGCUGUGAGGGAAACCUGUGUAAUUCUGCUGAAACCUUCACCCUGACUUUUCUCUUCACACUCAUCCCCUAUGCUCUCCUCAGUCCUUUUCUCCUCAUAUUCUUUCUCUUUUGUUAA